AUGUGGAUGUGCGCGCCCACGUACGAGCUGCGCCAGCGUGAUCUCUGCUGGCGUUCGGGGGAUGGAUUUGAGCACAGGAGGCCUGAAGAAAUGCUUUUUGGCUGCGACACCUUGAAACAGCGUUGUGUGGUUAAUCGGCUGGAUGAAGACUGGAAAGGCUGUGAAAAAGCAGGUCCUGAACAUCUACAUCAAGCGUAUUUCUACGUUGUUGAAGAACAUUUGCUUUGGGCGUGCGAGGAUGGGUUAUACUGGGAAAAUAGUAAUAAUAAGGUCACAAACUCCCAGCUGAUUCUGCCUUCUCCAGCUGUCCCAAGUUCCAGUGUCCUCCCCUCUGCCCCCCGAGAUGUGGUCCCUGUUUUGGUCUCCAGCCGAUUUGUCCGUCUCAGCUGGCGCCCACCCGCAGAAGCCAGAGGCAGCGUCCAGACGUACACGGUCUUCUUCUCCAGGGACGGCGUCAACAGGGAACGGGCAGUCAACACAUCUCAGUCCGGGACACUUCAACUUACCGUGGGCAACCUGAAGCCGGAGGAGACCUACACCUUCCGAGUGGUGGCCUACAACGAGUGGGGACCAGGAGAGAGCUCGCAGCCCGUCAAGGUCGCCACGCAGCCAGAGCUGCAAGUUCCUGGACCGGUGGAAAACCUGCGGGCUGUGUCUACCUCACCUACCUCGAUUCUCGUCUCCUGGGAUCCUCCUGCCUAUGCCAACGGCCCCGUUCAAGGCUACAGGCUGUUCUGUACGGAGACGGCGACGGGAAGAGAGCAGAACGUGGAGGUGGACGGGCUCUCGUACCGCCUGGAGGGGCUGAAGAAGUUCACCGAGUACACCCUGCGCUUCCUCGCCUACAACCGCUACGGCCCCGGCGUCUCCACGGAGGACGUGACGGUCACCACGCUGUCGGAUGUGCCCAGUGCGAUGCCUCAGAAUGUCUCCUUGGAAGUGGUGAACUCCAGGAGCAUCAAAGUUAGCUGGUUGCCUCCACCACCAGGCACUCAAAAUGGAUUUAUUACGGGCUAUAAAAUCCGACAUAGAAAGACUACCCGCAGGGGUGAGAUCGAAACACUGGAGCCAAACAACCUCUGGUACUUGUUCACAGGGCUUGAGAAAGGAAGCCAGUACAGUUUCCAGGUGGCUGCCAUGACAGUGAAUGGGACAGGGCCCGCCUCGGACUGGUACACAGCGGAAACGCCCGAGAACGAUCUCGAUGAAUCUCAGGUUCCUGACCAGCCAAGCUCUCUUCAUGUCAGGCCCUUGACAACAAGCAUCGUCAUGAGUUGGACUCCGCCGCUGAACCCCAACAUUGUCGUCCGCGGGUACAUCAUCGGCUACGGCGUGGGGAGCCCAUAUGCUGAGACUGUGCGGGUGGACAGUAAACAGCGUUAUUAUUCCAUUGAAAAUUUGGAGCCCAGCUCCCAUUACGUGAUUUCCUUAAAGGCCUUUAACAACGCAGGCGAAGGGGUGCCUCUGUACGAAAGCGCGACCACCAGGUCCAUGACAGAUCCCAUUGAUCCAUUAGAAGUUGAUUUUUAUCCUUUGCUUGAUGAUUUCCCUACCUCAGUCCCAGAUAUCUCCACCCCCAUGCUCCCACCAGUAGGUGUCCAGGCUGUUGCACUUACGCAUGAUGCAGUGAGGGUCAUCUGGGCAGACAACUCUGUCCCAAAGAAUCAAAAGACUACGGAGGUUCGCUUCUACACGGUCCGAUGGAGAACGAGCUAUUCGACAAGUGCUAAGUACAAGUCGGCAGAUACGACCGCUCUGAGUCACACCGUGAUAGGGCUGAAGCCAAACACCAUGUACGAGUUCUCCGUCAUGGUCACCAAAGGUCGGCGGUCCAGCACCUGGAGCAUGACGGCGCACGCCACCACCUACGAAGCAGCUCCAACCUCUGCUCCCAAGGAUCUGACAGUCAUUACACGGGAAGGGAAACCCAGGGCCGUCAUUGUCAGCUGGCAGCCGCCGUUGGAAGCCAAUGGAAAAAUUACUGGUAAACACGUGCAUUAUCCUGUGUUCUCCGUUUAUUUACUGUUCUGA